AUGCCUUUCGUUGUCGUUCAAAUACGAGCUGGAACACAAGUUUUGAAGCCCUGGAUAGGCGUACGAGUUCCAGACAAUUCUUCUUUAAAUGAUGUUUAUAAUGAUCUGGUUGCAGGGAUCCUUGAUCAAGGUUUGUAUGUAAAUGUUUAAUGAUUUAAAUAUGUUAAUAUUAUUAUUUUAAUAUGUAUAAAAAUAUGCAAAUUUUAUUUCGAUAUUUGGCGCCAAAAUAGUGAGGUCCAAUAUAUUCCGGCACUAUUUAUAUAUUGCCAAUUUCAAAGCAACAGCACAUCUACGGCGAUCUAUGUUAUUAUAAAAUAUAAAGUUUUAAUAACAGCAUUUCUAACAAUUUUAACAUUUUAAUAAUAUAAAAAAACAUAUGAUUUUUUAUAUGGUUUUUGAAUAGGUGAGCCAAUUGAUGAUAAUUCUGCAGUUCAACUAAACAAUGUUCAUGUCCAUGUUGGAAAGAGCAAGAAAGACCUAACCCGAGUAGACAGCCAGUGCACAGUGGCAGAGGUAGAUUCAUUGUGUUGUAUAUUUUAAAUAUUUUGUUUCUGCAGUUCUAGAUCUGUGAUCAUAUUAAUAACGAGUGUACCUGUGUACGGUUUAUAACAUAUAAAGAAUCUGUAUUUUUAUUGAUUAUUAAAAAAUAGGUGAUUGGAACUCUUGGCAACUUCAUUGAGUUUACACAUGAUGCAAAUAUAAAUCGUACUGAGCCUCUUCAGUGUACCAAUGCCUUCCACAUUCUUACUGCUGCUGCCCGUACAUUAACUUGUGUUCCAAGCAAUGUAGUCGUUCACAACCAGAAGGAUAAGUUACAAAAUGAUAUAGUUUCCUGGUUGAAGAAAAAUGGUGUUGGGUGGUCUCUUCAAUAUGUCGAAACACUAGGUAUUAAAUAAUGUUAUUAUUUAUGUUGUAAAGCUUUUAUUUAUACGUUAUCAGUUAAAACAUAUACAGUGUAUUUUAAUAACUAAAGACGGUGUAUGAAGUAAUAAAAUCGUGUGAUAUUAAUAAAUGUAUGUAUAUUAACAGUAAAUAUUAAAAAUAACUUAAUGUGUGGUUGACAUAUAAUUCUCUGCUCUUGUUUAAUUGACCAUUUGCGUAAUAGACUAAAUUUUGAUCUCAACAAAAAUUUCAUUACAGCUUGAAAGAGCAUCACAAAAGUGCUCAGUGUGCCAAGAAUGUCGGAAUUGUGGUUCAAUGUCAAGAUUGUGACAAAUGGAGAUGCCUGUAUUCCAAGAAAAAGAUUUCGCGUAAACUGCAUGGUAAAGUUGAAAGUGCGUUGGAGGAUUUGUCCUACACAUGUGGCAGUGUGUUCUCGGAUUUGGAGGAUGAAGAAAUGAGAGGGGUUUUUGAUUCAGUGUUUGUGAAAGCCAGUCUCGAUUGCAGUCAACCAACAGAAAAGCCGUGGUAUGCAGCAGGUUUUGAAGACAUUUGCUUCUUUUGUGGCAUUGAAGACGAUCUUAAUACCAAUCCCGAAAGCUAUCCACUAUGUGAAGAGUGCAAGAAAACUCGCAAACCAGAGAAGCGAUCAUCAAGAAAGAAGUUUAAAAAAACUUGA